UUUGGACUUCUCAAUUGGGACAGACGUAGUUGGUGGGGUGAAGAUUUGCAGCUAUUCCGAGUUGCAACAGAUAACGGAUUUCAGAGAUGAGAGCUUGAUCAAGAAGACUCUUUCGGGAAGAUUGUUCCAUGGCACGAUUGGUCAAGGAUCUGAACAGCGAUCAGUAAUUGUCAAGACAUGGGAUUUUCACCUUCCUUUCAAAAUAGGACAAUAUCAACUUACAUAUGAUUUUUGUGACCAGAUUGAGUUCUUCACGAACAAAAAUGCAAAUACGCAUCUAAAAUUGGCCGAGUGGUGUACAUUCUGUUGCGACACAAGGCUUGCAGCUGUCUAUGACGAAAAGUUUGAUGAGAAUAUUACCAGAUUGUUGUCUGAUGUGAUUCUGGAAGAUGACUUUGGGUGGGACGACAGGACGAAAGUGGCAAUUCAACUUCCACAACUCUUAGUAUGGCUGCAUGAAAAGGGUAUUAUAAUCGGCACUGUUACUGCAUCAUGCAUUAUGAUUGAAGAUAAGGAAAUGAAUAUAAAAGUAUUUGAUUUUGGUUCCGUCUCUGAUCAUAUGCAUAAGGGUGUUAAAGUUCCUGGCAAGUGUCAUAGUGGCUGGGAAGCUCCAGAUCAAGG